CGUUCACUCUCUACACCAUUUCUCACCACCCUGCGCGCCUCCUGCACUACAGCUUAAGCUCUGUGUGGGGAACUGGGCAUUGAUCCCUGCCUACCCACCGGAGAAGCUCGGAUCUUGGCAGUAGGGCAUCGGGUUUCGGUGGCAAGGAGCUAGAUCUUGGGCUUGCCGGUCGAUCAUAGAUGGAGGCGGUUAGAUCCACCCCCGUGGAGAUAAGAAGCAUUUGACUCUGAGGAGCUGGUUUUAGUCGCCAGAGAGUCAACGAUAUCGAGGUGCAUCACCAACCAAUUCAACUUAAGUUUACUGAUGGGAAGAUGUGGGCACUUCUUUUUAGUUCCAUCAGACGAUUCAGACAUCCUAAAACUGGGUUUUAGUUCGUCAGUCAUGCCACACUGCAAGGCUGUCCCUAGUCAGAAGUUACAGGACAUAGCUAUGGAACCAGAGGAUGUAUCAUUUCAAUUCUUACAAGAAAUUACAAAUGGUUUCUCUAAGAACCGGAUACUUGGUGAAGGAGCAUUUGGAGUUGUUUACAGGGGAGUAACUAAAAAUGGUGAUGAUGUUGCUGUGAAAAAACUGAAGCUUCGUCCUGAUGUCAAUCUUGACAUGAAGCUGUUCCAAAAUGAGUUCUAUAACCUCACAAAACUUAAGCAUCAAAACGUUGUACAGAUUCUUGGCUAUUGCUAUGAAACAGAGGGAAAACAUUUUAUCCAACCUGAUGGAAGUAAGGUGUUUGUUGAUGAAAUCCAUAUAGCUCUCUGCUUCGAGUAUUUGCACAAUGGGAGUCUCGAAAAGCAUCUUUCCGAUGAUUUUGAUAAACUUGACUGGAACACCCGGUUCAAAAUAAUUAAGGGAAUUUGUGACGGUCUGAAGUAUAUUCAUGAUGACUUGGAAGAACCUAUCUACCACUUGGACCUAAAACCUGACAAUAUAUUGCUAGAUAUGGAAAUGGUGCCAAAGAUUGCAGGUUUUGGUUUGUCCCCAAUCUUUGGUAAUAAACCAACACGGAUCACAGAAAACCCAUAUGGGACACCUGGGUACCAGCCACCAGAAUAUAUCGAAAAAGGUGAAAUCUCAGCAAAGUUUGACAUAUUCAGCUUGGGUGUUGUCAUUAUAAAGAUUGUGUUAGGAUCCAAGGGCUAUCCCAAUUGUCUUGAUCAAGUCCAAACAAACUGGAGGAAUAGGUUGCAGGCAACAUGUACAGAUGAUUUGUUUAAAGAAUAUUGCCACCAAGUAGACACAUGCAUUCAGAUAGCAUUGAGCUGUGUGGAGAUAGAUAGCUGCAAAAGGCCUGAUAUAGUGACAAUCACUGAGAAGCUGAAUGAGAUUGAAAUUGACGUUCGUGAGCUUCCCAAGAAAGGAUGUCAUGGAACUGUUUCCAGAAUUCCAAUCGAUAAUAGCAAGAUAGAGAUGAGAACAGAAUCAAGGGAUAUCGCAAAUCAACACCAGAAUAUUAUUUUGAGGCCAGACCCUAGUUGCAAUGAUGCAUUGGAAACAUCAUCAGAUAUGGUAGAAGAACACAUUGUAGGGAGGGCAGAAGAAAAAGAGAAAGUAAUGGCCUCUUUGCUUGAGGCCAUAUCAGAAAAGAUCGUAAUCCUUCCUAUACAUGGUAUUGGAGGCAUUGGCAAGACAACUUUUGCAAGACUGAUUUAUAAUGAUCCAAAGUUCAAUUGUUAUUCUAAGGUAUGGGUCCAUGUUUCCCAGAGUUUUGACUCAAAUAAGAUUUAUGAGUCUAUAAUUUUACAGUUAUCUGGAAAAGAGAGUCUGGCUAAUAAUGAAAGUAAGAUGGUACAUAGUUGCCUCAAGAAACUACUUUGUGGUGAGAAGAUUUUGAUUGUUUUAGAUGACUUAUGGGAGGAUAAUCAGUUCCUAUUGCAGGAGUUGAAGGAUAUGUUAUAUCAUGAUGAGAGCAAUAUAACAAUUUUAGUAACAACACGUAGUGAACGUGUUGCGGAAAGAAUUUGUACUAACCUUCAACCACAUAGGAUAUUACCCUUGACAAAUGACAUGUGCUGGGAUAUAAUAAAACAAAAAAGUGGUUUCAAAGAUAGAAAUGAUAAAGAACAGCUCGCAGGUAUCGGACGGGAGAUUGCUCAGAAGUGUGGUGGUGUGCCUUUAGCAGCUCUAUCUCUUGGGUUCACUUUACGGUCCAUGAAUUUUGAUGAAUGGAUCAAAGUGAAAGACAAUGAUAUCUGGAAUGAACCUGUUUCAAAGGAUUUAUUUUUUCCAAAUCAUGUUCUUGCAUCCUCGAUGUUAAGUUAUCACUAUAUGUCUCCAUGUUUGAAGCCAUGUUUUACCUAUUGUGCAACCUUUCCAAAAGGUCAGAAAAUAGUUAAAGAUUAUCUUAUUUACCAAUGGAUUGCUUUGGAUUUCAUCAAGCCAACAAAACUACACACGAAUAUGGAGGUUUGUGAGGGAUAUAUUUUGCAGCUCCUUGGAUUGUCUUUUUUUCAACAACCAACGUCACCUAAGACUUGUGAAGCGUACUAUGAAAAAGUUACAUUUUUCACCAUGCAUGAUGUGGUGCAUGACUUGGCAAUUUCACUCCUUGGCAAUAAAAUUCUGGAUCAGAGCAAACAAGGCACUACUUGGGGAAGCAGCUGCCAAUAUGCAUUGCUCAACGUGUGUAGCUGAUCACUGAAGU